CGCGGCUGUCAGCCGGCGGGGGCCCCCUCACGGUCCCCUCACGGCCCCCUCCGGGCGCUCCGCAAACGUGAGGCGAAGCUCACGGCGCGGGGCUCGAGUGUGCGUGUGUGUGUGUGUGGGGGAAAUCAGCGGAGAAGUGGGGUUUGGGGGGCUCAGAGAGGCGCGGGGCGGUUUUCCUCAGGGGUCCUGGCCCUAACGGGGUCGGGGUUGGUGUGGGCUGAGGGCGCCGUGCCUUGGCGUGGGGGGUGCCUCCUGAAUUCCCCUCGGAGAGCAGUUUCUCUUCUUUACAUCCCUGCUGUAGACCCGUCGUUGAAACGUGAUAGAUUUCGUUUUUAAAAAUUUAUCUUCAGUUUUAUUAUUUCACUUUAAUUUCUCGGUAUUUUCAAUUCCGCCACAAACUGGCCUUUGCAGCAAUACAAGUGCUGUGGCACCCUGGUCUUAUGAGUGACAAACACAAAAACCUCUACGAAAGACAUCCUGGGUUUUGAGCUCACCAUUACAGGUUUUGACAUCUAGCCUGGUUCACCCCUUCAUAUUGCGAUCUGAUUGGCCUGUCAGAAUGAUUCACUGAGCUUUUUUCGGGAAUGGACAUGAGAUUUUAACACUGGAGCUUAGGGAGACCCAACAGAAGACACAUUCAUUACUUCAGAGGGUCUCGGGGUCAGCCACUCCAUUACAGGCUACAUUCCUCAUCAAAGGCAAAGAAACCCUGUUGACACUUUUCCUGUAGGAGAGGAUUGCUUUUAAACGACUCACGCCUGCUGUGUCAUGUCUGGAGCUGGAGCUGAGAGGAGCCGCCAGGAGGGUGCAUGUGACAGGAUCCGCAGUUGCAGGCUGGAGGGUGCUGUCUGCCUGAGCUCCUGAGGCCUCGUCGGCGUCGGCAAAGUGUGUGCAAGCCCACCCCGCCGAGCAGCUCGGCCCGGCCACCCUAGGCAGCAUGUCCCUUCGCGAGCACGCGCUGUCCCUCUUCCGCAGUGCGGUGGGCACCGUCCGGCCGGCUCCGAUGCUGAAGAGGGCUGUGAAGCUCGAGGGAGAUGGGUGCCCUCAGCUGGUAGUGAAGGGCCGGGCCUUUCCAGUGAAGAGGAACCUGUACUUGGUGGGUUUUGGCAAGGCUGUGCUGGGGAUGGCAGCAGCAGCAGAAGAGAUCCUGGGGGACCACCUCAUUCGGGGGAUCGUCAGUGUGCCACUAGGCAUCCAGGAGAGCCUGCAGCGAGCGGGAAUGCAGGAGAUGCUGCUGAAGCCGCACAGCAGAAUCCAGGUCAUCGAAGGUGCAAAGAACAACCUCCCUGACCCAGAGGCUCUGAGGGGAGCAGGUGCCAUUCAGGAGCUGGCUGAGGGCCUGACAGCAGACGACCUGCUCCUUGUGCUCAUCUCAGGGGGUGGUUCAGCCCUACUGCCUGCUCCCAUCCCUCCCAUCCUCCUCGAAGAGAAAGAGAAACUGACAAAGAUGCUGGCUUCCAGAGGAGCUGCCAUACAGGAGCUGAACACUGUCCGGAAAACUCUGUCCUUGCUGAAGGGUGGAGGGCUGGCCCGGCUCGCAUAUCCCGCACAGGUGGUGAGCCUCAUCCUUUCUGACGUGAUUGGCGACCCUCUGGACAUCAUAGCGAGUGGGCCCACCGCUGCCAGCUCCCACAGUGUCCAGGACUGCCUUCAGAUACUGGCCAAAUACAACCUGCUGCACAGCCUGCCCAAGUCAGUGGAAACGGUCCUCUCCAGCUCUCCCACCACGCGCACUGCUCCAGAAGACUACUCCCACGUUUGCAACGUCAUCAUUGGAUCAAACACGCUGGCUUUGGAUGAGGCCAAACGCCAGGCUGAGGGCCUGGGCUAUGUGGCCCUGAUUCUGAGCGCAGCAGUCUGCGGGGACAUCGGCCACGUUGCUGCGCUGUACUGCCAGCUGAUCCAGCUGCUCUGCCUGGGCUUCGCUGGCCUCGGAGAAGGGCCUCUGGGCAACGAGGUGAGGGGGAAUCUUCUGCAGCUGGCAGCAGAGCUAGAUAUCCCGGGCUUGAACCUGGCUGAGUUUCUGCAGGCCCUCCGAGGAUUAGGGCCUGAAAAACCAGUCUGCAUCCUUGCGGGCGGAGAAACCACGGUUCGGCUUCAAGGAACCGGGAAGGGAGGAAGGAACCAGGAGCUGGCCCUGCGAGUGGGGCUGGGGCUGCGCAGGGCACAGGGCGCUGAGGCCAGCAGCCCCCUGGGGAGGUACGAGAUCAUCUUCCUCAGCGGGGGGACGGACGGGCAGGACGGGCCGACAGGAGCGGCAGGGGCCUUCUGCAGCCCGGAGCUGGUGGACGAGGCGUUCCAGGAAGGCCUCGAUGCGGAGGCCUUCCUCCGCAACAACGACUCCUAUACCUUCUUCAGCCACUUCCAAUGUGGGCGUCACCUCCUGGUGACAGGCUUGACAGGCACCAAUGUCAUGGAUAUCCAGGCUGUUUUAAUUAGACCCACAGACAGAUCAUAAGAGCUCCCUCUGCAGAUAUUCAGAUGCAUUUAAUUAGGACCAGGGGUAAAUGAGACAAUAAGCACCGCAGACAAAACUACUAAAAUUAGGGCUAGCUGUCAAGGGUGCUAAUAUCUUUGAUAGAAAGAUUCCACUAAUUAAUCACGAGUGGAUGUCCACAGCAAAUGCAUUGGGAACAGUCAAGCACUUGUAAUUGGGAUCUGAGAAAGGUAAGCAGUCACGUUGUGGACAUGGAGGUUGCAGUUAGCACUUCUGCUGAGAGCCACUGCUACUGUGACAGCUUCAUAGAACAAAAUAGAACGGCCUGGGUUGAAAAGGACCUUAAAGAUCAUCUAGUUUCAACCCCCCUGCUCUGGGCAGGGUUGCCAACCACUAGAGCAGGCUGCCCGGAGCCUCAUCCAGCCUGGCCUUGAAUGCCUCCAGGGAUGGGGCAUCCACAACCUCUCUGGGCAACCUGUGCCAGUGCCUCACCACCCUCUUGAGUGCUGAGUGAAAAACUUCCUCUUAAUAGCUAACCUAAAUCUCCCGUCUUAGUUUAAAACCAUUCCCCCUUGUCCUAUCACUAUCAACACGUAAACAGGCAUUCCCCCUCCUGUUUAUACGCUUCAAGUACUGGAAGGCCACAAUGAGGUCUCCCCAGAGCCUUCGCUUCUCCAAGCUAAACAAGCCUAGUUCCCUCAACCUUUCUUCAUAGGAGAGGUGUUCCAGCCCUCUGAUCACAUUAGUGGCCCUCCUCUGGACCUGUUCCAAGAGUUCCACAUCCUUCUUGUGCUGGGGGCCCCAGGCCAGCACGCAAUAUUCCAGGUGGGGGUCUCACAAGAGCAGAGUAGAGGGGGACAAUCACCUCCCUCUCCCUGCUGGCCACCCCUUUUUUAUGCAGCCCAGGACGCAGUUGGCCUUCCGGGCUGCAAGCGCGCACUGCUGGCUCAUGUCCAGCUUCUCAUCCAGCAGGACCCCCAAGUCCUUCUGCGCAGGGCUGCUCUCGAGUUCUUCUUCACCCUGUCUAUAUAAAUACCUGGGAUUGCUCCAGCCCAAGUGCAGCACCUUGCACUUGGCCUUGUUGAACCUCAUGAGGUUCUCAUGGGCCCACUUCUCCAGCCUGUCCAGGUCCCUUUGGAUGGCAUCCCUUCCCUCUGUUGUAUCAACUGCACCACUCAGCUUGGUGUCAUCUUGGUGUCACUCGAUUCCAUCGUCUAUGUCAUUGAUAAAGAUGUUGAAGAGCACCAGUCCUAAGACUGACCCCUGAGGGACACCGCUUGUGUUUUUUGUUUGUUUUGUUUUUUUCUGGAAUACAAAAUUUAUUUCAAGCUUAUAAAAGACUUCAACAUUG